AUGGGAAAUUUACACAAGUAUGCUGCAGUUCUUGCUUUUAUAUUUGUAUUGGUGAUAGGAACAUUUGAAUGCCGAACACUAAAAAAAGAAGAAUUUGUUGAUACCUUUGGUGGAGGUGGCCUAGGUGGUGGUGGAGGCGGAGGUUUUGGGGGUGGUAGUGGUGGAGGUGUUGGAGGAGGAUUUGGACACGGUGGAGGGGUUGGAGGCGGUGCUGGAGGUGGUAGUGGUGGAGGAGGAGGAAUUGGAGGGGGUCAUGGUGGUGGAUUAGGUGGAGGUGGUGGUGCAGGUGGUGGUUUCGGGGGUGGUAGUGGUGGUGGUGCGGGAGGAGGAAUUGGUGGUGGAGAUGGUGGUGGUUUAGGUGGAGGUGGUGGUGCAGGUGGAGGUUUCGGAGGUGGUAGUGGUGGUGGUGCGGGAGGAGGAAUCGGUGGUGGACAUGGUGGUGGUGCAGGUGGAGGCGUUGGAGGUGGUAGUGGUGGUGGUGCAGGAGGAGGAAUCGGUGGUGGACAUGGUGGUGGUGCAGGUGGAGGCUUCGGAGGUGGUAGUGGUGGUGGGGCAGGAGGAGGAAUUGGUGGUGGACAUGGUGAUGGUGCAGGUGGAGGAUUCGGAGGUGGUAGUGAUGCUGGUGCUGGAAGAGGAAUCGGCGGUGGAAAUGGUGGUGGUAGUGGUAGUGGUGUAGGAGGUAUCAGUGAUGGACAUGGUGGUGGAUUAGGUGGAGGUGGUGGUGGAGGUGUUGGAGGUGGCUUUGGGGGUGGAUCUGGCGGAGGUGCGGGCGGAGGAUUUGGAGGUGGAUCAGGUGGAGGUGCAGGCGGAGGUUUUGGAGGUGGUCAUGGUGGGGGUGCAGGAGGUGGUUUUGGAGGUGGUCAUGGUGGAGGAGAUGGUGGUGACCAAGUUUAA